AUGCCAAUCGUGUUAUAUAAAAACAACGGCAGUCCUUUAAGCAGAGCCGUCCUUAUGACCAUUGAGGUUCUUAAACUUGACAUCGAAUUAGUUCAUGUCAAUACACACAAUGGCGAGACCCGAGCACCAGAAUUUCUUGAAAAGAAUCCAAUGCAUACAGUGCCUGUAAUUGAAGACGGAAAAUUCAUUCUAUCUGACAGCCACGCUAUUAUCACAUACUUAGCGUCCAAAUAUGGAGGUGAGAAACAAGCGGAACUAUACCCAGAUGACUUGAAUAUAAGAGCUACAAUUGAUCAGCGUUUGUUCUUCGAAGCAGCAGUUGUAUUCCAAAAAUUUAUACCCAUUGCAGUUGGGGUAUUUAAGAAUAGAGUACCUGGACCUACCCCACAACAAAUUGAAAAUACGAAAGAAGUUUAUGGAAUGUUAGAAAGAUAUCUUCAGAAAACUCAAUAUAUAGCUGCGAAUAAUAUUACAGUGGCUGAUAUAUCUGUGAUAGCUACAGUGUCAACACUAGAUAAAGUAGUGCCAAUAAGUGAUGAAUUUCCGAAGACUAUUGCAUGGUUCAAUAAACUAAAGGAAACUGAAUUCUACAAGAAAGGAAAUGAGCCAGGGCUGGCGAUAUUCACAGAAGUCUACAUUCAAACUGUGAAACAGAAUUCGUCGUGA